AAGAAAAUUCGCGGAAAUUCUUAUUUCUCUCAGGCCCGGAGCGGGCGGCGAUACUUGGAGACAUGACCCAGAACUGCAGCGGCGGCCACACGCGGCUUAGCUCUCCUGCGAGUUCUCCCAGCCAGCAUCGACAGUCGGUGGGCCGCGGGGCCGCAGGUACCAGAAACAAGUGUAUUACUGACUUUUUCAAACCAGCUUUCCAACAAGAGAGAAAUACGUUGUGCUCUCCAGAAAAAGGAAAUGGACAAGCUGGACAUCCAGUUUCAUCUGUAGAGCAUCUUAAAAAAAGUAUGUCUUCUCCAAAGCAAAACAAAAGGAAGAAAUUGCCUUGCUCACUAUCAAGCAGAAGCCCAAUAAUUGAUGCUUUAUUCCGAAAUGUUAAGUCAGAGAAAAAGAACAGUCCAGAAAAUGGUGUUUGUACGAUACAGAAGGCUAAGCAUCUAAAAGUUGUGGUUCGGAAACUGUUCAUAUCUAAUAGCUCACCUGACGGUUGUUUACUGUUAAAAGAUCAUACUUACGCAAGAAACUUGGAAAAAAAUGAGAACUGUCCUGUUCAAACAAGAGCACCUUUAAUAGGGAAUAGUAGAGAACAUGAAACAGAAAAUGUAGACCUAGACACAACUGGUUCAAGCUUGAAUAAAUGGCCUUCCACAUCAGGAAAUAACAAUUUGAACAAGCAGAGCUGCCUAACUCAGUGUCAAAAAACAGUCCGUUCCAGGAUGCCACAACUCGGUUCGGUUAAUUCUUCAUCUCUGAAAUCAUUAGAAACUGUUUGCAGAAAAAGAAAAGUGAAGGAGAAAAAGCUGCAGACUUUUAUUUCUGAAAAUAAAUCUUUAGAAAUUAGUUUUCCUAUUCAGGACACCAGAGAUUUCUUAAGGAAAAAUUCAAGCUCAGCGUCACUGGAAUCUUCUUCAGAUGAGUCCUCUUCAGUACAAGCUUCAAAAACUGUGUUUCCUUCAGGAUCAAGCUCUGAUAAAACUGUUGUCACAAAAAGCCAGCGCAGUCCUUCAAUGUAUUCUAACUCCACAGCUUUAUUGGGAAUAGCCAAUCAUAAAUAUCCUCGGAAGAGGAAAAGGAUUUCAUCAAAAACAGAUAUGAAAAAUUUUCAAAAUGUUCAGACAUUGGAUAAACAUAGUAACUUGCAAAUCCCUCAUAAUACUAAUUACUCAAAAGACAGAAUAUCUCUUGACAAGAAUUUCCAGCCAGCAGAUACAUAUCGGUCUGGCAGUGACUUGCCUAUUUCAGUAGCAAAAUGUGAAGCUGAAGAAAAUGAAGAUAAAACAUAUGGAUGCAUUAUAAAUAAGAAUGACCAAAUCCAAUUUUCAGAUCCUAGAGAGGGGCAGUUACAGACAUUUACUCCUCAUAUUUAUUUAGAAACAAGAAGAAAGAAUGCUUCUACAGUUCCUUCAGAAAAAAAUGCUGAGCAGCUUGGAUCUUCCUUGAGAGACUGUGACAAUGUUCUUUCACUGGAAGGUUGCACUCAUGAUACUAUUCCUAGCUCUUCAUGCAACUUAAAUACAUCUAACAAUGAAGGAUCUGAAGCAUAUGGGUUAAUUCAAAAACUGAAGAGCAUUUCUGAUAGUGAGGCUGGGGCCUCUGAUUGCAGUGUGGACAGCAGUGAUGAAGAAGUGCUCAUCCCUCUUGAAAAAAUACUGUCCCAGAGUGCCAGGCCAGCUGCAAAAAGCUCAGAAGAAGCUAUGGAUAAGGAUAGAAUAGCAAGCACAAUUUCUGCAACACGUAAUCCUUCUCUUUCUAAACCAUUUGUUGAAUGUGGAGUCUCAUACAUGAAUCUUCUGGAGCAUCUCCUGAAAGAGAAGGAAGAGCUAAGGAGGGUAGAUGAAUUAGAGAACCAGUUACAGCAAGUCAAAGGGAUAGCUGAACUAAACUCUACACCUGAAGAUCAAUCUACUGAUGGUGAACUAUCUCCUGAACAUAGAGAAUUUAUAGAAAGAUACUCAUUCAGCCAUGAUGCUAUUCCUGACCAGCACCCUGGAGAAAACAUAUUUCAAAUAGUGAAUGCUGGGAAAAUCUUCAGCCAGAAUAAUCUUGAUUUGAGAAACUUUGGCUUUCAUCCUCAAAAUCCGAUUGAACAAUAUCUUCUUGAAUCGGAAAUAACACAGCAGAUUUUUGUAAUUAUUGAAGGCUUACUUGUAUCUACUUACCAUAAUUCUCCUUGUCCUGUACCAAUUUUAAAAUGGAUGUUUCAGAUGAUGUCAAUUCACCCAGAUAGCUCAGUUUCAAGGAAGAUUUUGGAUAUGUUGAUGAUAUUAACAAUUAGAAAUUUUUCUGAUGACAAUAACCAACAAAAGCCAUGGAUUCCAUCAUUAUUCGAUAUAACAGCUGUGUUAAUCAAUAUGGGUAUUUCCUUCAGUGUGCUAUUUCCUCUACAACAUUUUCAGCCUAGCUUUACUGAAAAUGAUAUUAUGUCUGAAAUGCAUGUAGCUGUGAGGAAACAGUCAAAUGAAGACAUCUGUAUAAACCCAACAGCUUGCUUUCUUCUCAUAGAGAGCAAUCUUUGCAAUAUAGCAAAGUUUCUACGACUGUGUAUAAAUGUGCGCCCAGAAGGUUACACAGAUAAAGAAAUAUUUAUGCUGCUACUGCUACUAUUUAAACUGAGUUUAGAAACAGAGCUGAAGCAAUUUCCACUAGUAGACUUGGAGUGCCUUAUUAUAAAAUUGUUGGAAAAUAUCAGAGACUGGGAUACUGAGAUGUCUCAGUUAUCCUUGGCAAUAAGUUGUCUAUCCAACCACCAUCAUAAUCUGUUGUGGUUUGUUCAGUUUGUCCCCAAUUGGACAACCCGUGGAAGACAAAUAAGACGACAUCUUAGCUUGGUAAUAAUCUCAAAGCUUCUUAAAAACAAUGUGAAUAUACCCAGUAACCAUGAUCAGCAGAUGUCACUUCUGUGUAAGGAGCUAGUGAAGAUGAAACCUUCAAGUCUGUUAAAGAGUCUGUCAGAAACUUCAGAACAACAUGAUGGUCUUAAAGAUCGUUUUCUUUCUGAAUCUGAGCCCCAGGUCUAUUACCUGACUUACGUUCUUCUUCACUUGGUUAGGGAAGCUAGCAAUUCUGAGCAUACAAAUUCCAAUCAAAGAAAAUGGCUGUUGAAACUCUGUAGCACCCUGGAAAAACACGUGAAGAGUGAUAUUAGGGAAGAUGUCAGACUGUUUUACAGAACUAAGGUAAAAGACUUAAUUGCCAGAACAUACAGCAAAUGGCAGCAAAUGAUACACAGUUCUCAGGUUAUUCAGGGGCAGAUCUAUGACUUUUGGGUCCCAGAUUCUUAAAAAAUAUAGGUCAGACUGGAAGACUGAAUGACCAAGAAAAUGAGCAGCAAGAUUAUACUAUUGUCUAAGAAGAGGCAGUCUUGUAAAGUGCACUUAACUUCCCCCAAUAACUUUAGUAAUUAAAACUGUAUUUUUUAAAAAAACAAACCAUUUGACAUUGGGAAGGUUGCUCUUAUCUACAUGAUAACAUAAUAUCUUGUUUUUCUCAAGUCAAUCUGAAUUGGAUGAAUACAUUUUUUAAAAAUCAGGGUAGGAAGGCUUAUUUGGUCCUUUUUACAACAAAUAGGGUUCUUACUUUCCUACUGUGAAGCAGAAUUUAGAAACCAUCAUUGCUGUUUGUUUUCAAUAUUGAGGAUGCUUCUCUGCUGACUUUACAAUAUUAUCAUUUAUGUGGAUGUGGCUCCUAACUUGCAUUAUUAGCAUAUCUAAUGUUUUAAUGCCUAUUAAAAUGGAGAGAAACAGUAAUUUGAUGGAUGAAUGCAUAAACUACAGCCCUAUGAAAAUUUGGAAGCAAGUUGUAAUUUAUUCUGUUAGAGCUUACUUCCAAGUAAAUGUGCAUAGGCUGUAGCUUUAGAUUCAUAAUAAAGAAACCAGGCCCAGCAAGUCCAUAUUGUUCAAGUGUUUAAGAACGGCCCAUGGUUGGCCAUACACAGCAUUCAGGUAUUCAUGGAUAUCACAUGCUAAUAAUCUUAUGCAAUAGUUUGGUCAGUCUUUUGUAUAAGAAUUCAUGUAUUCCUCUGUUUAUAUCACUUUGGACUAUGUAUAUGUAUUCAGUCUUAAUGUUACUUAAUACGAAUGUAUGUAUGUAUAAUAUAUAUAUUUGUGUGUGUGUGUAUAUGUAUAUAGAAUUUGUGUGCCAUUUUAUAAUCUGAAUACUUGCACUGCCAUAUCUGUGAAAAAAUAAAAUUUUAGAAGCCAUAAAAAUUAAAUGCUAUAGAAAUAGUAUAUAUAAAAUACUUGACUUUUAUAUUCAUGUUUAAAUCAAAAUAUUCAUGUCAAAUAAAGUAAUGACAAAACAAUUGUAUAAAUUGCUAGUUUCUAAGUGUGCAAUAAGCGCAAGUAAAUCAUUCAGGAAUUUUAUCUUUAUUCAAUGGGUGGUGGUUUAUACCUCAGAAUUGUAAAUCUGUGUCUUACUUUUAAUCCUGUUGAGAAUUUCAUUAAGUCCAACAUAAAGUUUGGGUGGAAAAUGCUAUUUUAGAAGGAAUAAGUAGGGUGGUUUUUUAAAUUUAGAUGAUGUAGAUUUUAUUGAUUCUUCCUGCAUUCUAUGCCUGGUAUGCAAAGAAGCCCUGUGUCCAGUUAGAAAUAAUUUCUGCUCUCGUGAGACGUUGCACUCCUCCUUUGCAUCUCUUGCUGCAUCUCUUGGCUGCAG